GAUUACAAACUAGUUGUCCUAGGUGCUGGUGGUGUAGGCAAAUCCUCCAUCACUGUUCAAUUUGUCCAAGGUGUCUACAUAGAGUCCUAUGAUCCAACUAUUGAAGAUUCCUACAGGAAGCAAAUCGAGGUCGAUGGCAGACCUUGCGACUUGGAGAUUCUUGAUACUGCUGGUGUUGCCCAAUUUACUGCAAUGCGAGAAUUGUACAUAAAAUCUGGCAAAGGCUUCCUCUUGGUUUACUCUGUUACUGACGAAAACUCGUUGAAGGAAUUGCUAGCAAUCAGAGAACAGGUCCUCAGAAUCAAAGACAACAAAAAUGUCCCCAUGGUCUUAAUCGGCAACAAAUGCGAUCUUAUAAACGAUAGAACUCUCUCUCCUCAAGAUGGUAUAAACGUCAGCCAAAAAUGGGGCAAAGUACCCUUUUAUGAAACGUCAGCAAGGUUGAAGACUAACGUUGAAGAAGCCUUUAUAGAUGUUGUUCGACAAAUCAUGAAAAAGGAAUCAACCACCUCA